AUGUCGUUUCCGCAAACAACUCCCGUUCGGCCAGUUCCAGGCGCAUUUUUGAAUACGCCUGCUGUCACUUCGAGAUACCAGCAGGGCUCCGAUCCUGUGCGCCGACAGCUGUUCCCAGUUUCUGAGAGUGGCCAGUCCGUAUCGAGUCUAAGGAGCACUGCGCCAACACCAUCAACAACAUCGCGAGGCGUGACAGUCACAGGCUCGUCAGUAGUGAGGCCAUCAAGCGGCGAUGGCUUGAUUGUUCCGACUGCGCUGCCGCCUCCACGAUCCGAGAAUGUCCCCCCCGUCAUAAAGGCGGCCAAGGCCAUCAACACUUGUCUCCAGGCUGAUGGACGCUAUCCCGACUUGGAUUCAUACUGCAGACAGGGCGCGUCGUCCGAUUACGAUCUCGAAAGCACCGAUUCCGCUAUGGCCCCCUUCCACAAAACCCAGAUGUAUCCUAUCCCAAACCAAGUUUUCGAUCAUUACAAUGCUGGCGAGCUUCAAACCCUGAUGGGUCUCUUUGCUGAGAUUAACCAUGCUUGGGUUGUUAUUGAUAACUCCUUGUUCUUGUGGGACUACACGCAUCCUGAUCCUGAGCUCAUCGGUUUCGAAGACUCACCGCAUACCAUUCACGCCGUCGCGCUGGUACCUCCCAAGCCAGGUAUCUUUGUCGGUUCAAUCACCCAUAUCUUGGUCGUUGCGACUUCUCAGGAGAUAGUGCUACUGGGUGUUUCAGCUACAGAUACUCCUUCGGGCACCAAAUCCGUAAACCUGUACCAGACGAAAAUGAACCUUCCUCUACGUGGCACCGACGUUCGCGUAAUCACUGGAUCUUCUAAUGGUCGAAUCUUCUUUGGCGGUAGCAACGACAUCGAUAUUAAUGAGCUUUACUAUCAAUCCGAAGAGAAGUGGUUCUCGAAUCGAUGUGGAAAGAUCAACCAUACGAAUCCCGGCUGGUCUUCAGUUGUCACCCUACAAGGAAGCUUCUGGUCGCAAAAGAGCCCCGAACACCUUGUCGAUAUCGUGAUUGAUGAUUCGAGAAACCUUGUAUAUACACUCUCGAGUCGCUCAACCGUCCGAACAUACCAUAUGGAGUCGCCUGAUCGAUUGAACAAGGUUAUCGAGAAGGAAAAGGUCCAUUGUCUUCGCGACAUUGCUCACAUGAUUAGCCAGUCUCGACUGUUGAACGAUAGAGUCGAAAUCGUUGCGAUCAGCCCCAUCUCCAAGCAAGAAGCCGCGAAGCUGCACCUAAUGGCCUUGACGAAUACUGGAUGUAGACUGUUCUUUAGUGCUACAAGCGCUGCAUCCUAUAUGUACGGUUCCUCGACCAACCUGGCUCCCCAGAGUAUGCAAGUUCAAUUCAUCAAAUUCCCUCCAGGCCAGAAGUCGCCGUAUGCUGGCAGCGAGACAACCAUCGACCUCGAAUCAACAUCUCUCACAUGGAGCCGACAAGGCGCGCGAUUCCCACCUGGAUAUUUCUUGGAUUUUGUUAGUAAGGAGUCGAACCCCAACGAAGAUUCUCUAUUUAUUUCUGGACCCGAAACGGGACGUCUUAAGAAUACGCCCCCGACAUCUCCACUCAAAUAUCAUGAGAGCGGAAUUUGGAUUGAUAUAGGAAGUAGAGCCGAGGCAGUUGGAAUCAUUACAAAGCCAUUCGCUGCAGCACCGCAACCUCUAGGCUUUGGUAACGAGUUAGCUGUUCAGUUUGACGAUGCACCCAGCGAGUUUGCGGUUCUCACCAACACCGGUGUUCACAUCAUCCGACGAAGACGUUUCGUGGACAUCUUUGCUUCGGCGAUUCGAGGUGCUGUUGGAGACGAAGGGUUGGAACUUAUCUGCCGCCGGUUUAUUAACACUUACGGCCGUGUAGAGACAGUUACUACCGCUUUGGCUGUCGCCUGUGGUCAUGGAGGCGACUCUCGACCAGGCGCGGCGCGUGCCAUUGACCAGGCCACUGAAGACCGGGCCCGAUCCGUCUUUGUUGACUUCGGUGGCCAGCCCACAAUGGCCGAGACUGACAGCGCAUCCCUUACAACAGAGUCUGUCAACCUCUCCUCUCGACACGACGCCUUGGCUCUGUACCUCUCCCGAUUGAUACGCCAGUUGUGGAAGUCGGCAGUUAUUACUCCCGGUGUCUCACCUACUGGUGGUGUCACUAUCGGCUCUACUAUUCCUCUUUCUAAGCUCAGCACUGUUCAAGAAGCGUUGGAGCGUCUAAGGAGGUUCCUCGACUCUAACCGGGGUCUUAUCCAGGGCCUGUCCGGCCCGUCUGAUCUCCAACACGUGUCUAGUCGCCAAGAGGAGAUUGCUCUUCAGGCAGAACACCAGGCUCUGCAUGCUCUUCAAAAGUUGAUGGAAAGCAUUUCGGAGGGUAUCUCUUUUGUGCUGAUGCUUUUUGACGAGCGUGUCGCCGACAUUUACACCCGACUCGAUGAUAUCGCUCGACAACAGCUCAAGGAUCUCACAUACGAGAAACUCUUUUCUCAAACAGAUGGCAAAGAUUUGGCUAAACUCCUUGUCAAGGCUAUUGUUAACCGCAACAUUGAGAGUGGCUCCAAUGUUGAGACUGUUGCUGAUGCCCUGCGAAGGAGAUGCGGCAGCUUCUGUAGCCCUGAUGACGUGGUGACUUUCAAGGCCCAAGAACAGCUCAAGCGUGCUUCUGAACAGCCCCUUCAAACCAACCAGUCACGAAGCUUGCUUCAUGAGAGUCUCAGGCUCUUUGAGAAGGUUGCUGGCAGCCUUACUUUUGCUAAUCUCCAGACCGCUGUCCAACAGUAUAUCGACCUCAAGUACUAUGCUGGCGCUAUCCAGCUGUGCCUUGUUGUCGCACGGGAGAAGGACAGGGGUAACACGGCUCUUUCUUGGGUCAACGAUGGCAAGCCCUCAUCUGAUCCUCGAGCCAAUGCCUUCAACGAUCGCAAGCGUUCCUAUGACAUGAUUCAUGAUGUACUGAGCCACCUAGACGCUGCGUCAAGCAGUGAGCCCGAAAUGGUUGACGGCCGUUUGACUUUGAUUGCUACAAAGAGGCUUGAGGCCUACAAGGUUGUGAAUGAGUCGGAUGAUGAGGUGUUCCACUUUGACCUCUAUGAGUGGUAUAUUCAACAAGGUUGGACCGACCGCAUCCUGGCCAUCGAUUCCAACCACGUCGUUACCUUCCUGCAGCGACUUGCCGGUACCAAUAUCGAGCAUGCUGACCUACUCUGCCGUUUCUACACCAACCGCAGUCGCUUCUUCGACGCAGCCGAGGUACAGGCCGAACUUGCUAACUCCGAUUUCCCUAUCAGCAUCAAGGAUCGAAUCAGAUUGCUCAGCUUGGCCAAGGCUAAUGCCAACGUUUCUACGACUGGUAUUAGCCGACAGCAGCAACAGAUGCUAAACCACAGCGUUACUGAGUUGUUGGAGAUUGCACACAUCCAGGACGAUCUGCUUGAACGAUUGAGAGCCGACGACCGUAUUGAUCCCGAGAGGUCUAUUGAGAUUGAGGAUGCUCUCAAGGGCAAGAUCCAGGGUCUCUCCGAGCUUUUCAACGACUAUGCCGACCAGGCUGGUUACUACGACCUGUGUUUGCUCAUCUACCAUGUUGCCGAUUACCGUAACCACAUGACCAUCUCUGGUACAUGGAGCAACCUGAUCCAGCAGACACACGAUGAAGUCAUGUCUCGGCUAGAAAUGUCUGAACCUGGAAUGCCCUCGCCACCACUACCCUAUGAGUGUGUCACCAGCAAGAUCCAAAACAUUGCUCACCGCACAUCACUCGACAGUUUUAUCUUCCCUAUCCAAGACCUCCUACCAGAACUCUGCCGUUACGCAGUGGCGUACCAACAGGAUGCCACAAUUGGCGCAGAUCCCACCUGGCCAGUCCAGCUCUUCCUCACCUUGGGGGUUUCCCAUGACAUGAUUGUUCGUGUACUGGAAGGUGUUUUCGAUAGCCAAGAUUACGGUUUCAGCGGAUCCGUACGAAACCGCAUGAUUGAGCUUAUUGUUUAUGUUGUUAACGACUGGGUGGCCGAAGCCCGCCGACGUGGUGGUGCAGGCAAGGGUGGCGCUAUUGGCCCUUCUGUAGCCGACCUCCUCAAGAGAUGCGACGCGGCCUUGCCUCCCCCCGGACAUGGCAACAACGCCGGCGGUGCAGACCUGGCUGAUGUUAGGCGAGUGCUCAAGGGCCUGAAGAGAGAAGUGGAUGGCCUGUCACAACGGGUUCCCACGGGUAGUCUUAGGUUCGCAUAG